AUGGAAGAGCUGAAUUGUAAAGGACAGCUUAUAGCCUAUUGUAGCAAAUUUGGAUUAAUUGCUAAAUUUGAAGAAGUCUCUUCAACUGGUCCAUCUCAUGAUCGAAGAUUCACUGUUCAUGUUCUUGUCAACGAUAAAAAGGUUGGAGUAGGAGAAGAUAAAAAGAAAAGAACUGCUGCUAACAUUGCAGCCAAAAUGGCUUUGUUGUCCCUACAAAAUCAAGAACAUAUUCAAGACCGGGUAGAGCAUGAAAGGGCUCCGGUCUCGGAAAACGUUGUUCACCCGACGACUUCUCCUGCUCAAGAACCAAACUACGUAGGAAUGUUCAAUGAAUUUUGCCAGAGAAAUGGAUGGAUGCGUUACAGUUUUGUGGCUGAUCGAAGAGGACCUGACCAUAUUCCUGAGUUUUUCUGCCAUGCUGUUAUUGGUGAGCGGAAGUUUCCUGAAGAUAAAGGGAAAAACAAGAAAGAAGCAAAAAAGAAUGCUGCAUAUUUGGCUUUAAGGGUUCUUAAGAAGGAGGAUCCUACCAAUGUUCAGUUACAAUGGAUCCCAGCGCUAGAUGAUGGUGAUGUGAUGCAAGCAACAAGUACUUCUGAAUCCAAAAGUGCCAACAAAAUGCACUCGAGCCGACAGACGUCAGAAUAUCUACCUUCACAGCCAGAAAAUAGAGACUCUAAGGCUUCAUUCAUUGGGAACCCAGUUACUCCAAACAGACCUCACAGGCGAAUUGAACUAGCAGCCAAAUUCCCAGGUCAGGAACAAGUAAAUUGUACAGUCACUAAAGACCCAACAUUUCUUCAAGAUUUUGAUGACAUAACAGAACUUGGAUCUGGUGGAUAUGGAACCGUCUUCAAAGCAAGAAAAAAAAUUGAUACAAAGUACUAUGUUGUUAAAAAAGUAAAGAGGCGCUCAGAAAAAGAUGAUGCCGAGAUUAAAGCUUUAGCUAAUUUAGAGCAUCCACAUAUUGUUCGAUACUACCAUUCCUGGCCUGGAGAAGAUGUAUUUCCUGAUGACAGCUGCAGUGGUGAUAGCCAGAAGCUCAAGUGUUUUUUCAUCCAAAUGGAGUUGUGUGCAAAAGGCACAUUGGAGAACUGGAUUGAGAAGAUGGAAAAAAUUGAUAAGGCCAAGAGUCUUGACAUUUUCCAACAAAUUGUGGAUGGAGUGGAGUACAUUCAUUCUAAAAAAUUUAUUCACAGAGACCUGAAACCUGCAAAUAUUUUGUUUGCAGAAAAUAUGGUAGUAAAAAUAGCAGAUUUUGGUCUGGUAACCCCAGUAAGUGAAGAACUGGCGAGUGAGAGAAUACUCAGGACGGCUGAAAGAGGAACAAAACGCUACAUGGCUCCAGAACAGGAAAAAAAAAAUUAUGAAAAUGAAGUAGAUAUCUUUUCAUUGGGAUUGAUACUGAUUGAACUAUUCUUGAAAUUCAGCACUUCCCAUGCGAAACAAAAUGAGUGGGAAAAAAUACGUAAAGCUGACCUACCACCAACAUUUGUCAAGCAAUUCCCAUCUGAGGAAUCGAUAAUCAAGUUAAUGUUGUCAGUGGAACCCAAAAAGAGGCCGACAGCUGCCAAAUUAAAGGAGUAUUUUAAAUCCAAAACGACUUUUCAUUCAAACACACUAUAA